AUGAUCGCGGGGCUUCUCGUGCUGGCUCUGUGCCCGGCGUGCUUAGGAUUCAAUGUGGACACCCAGGUGCCCGUCAUCAAGCAGGCGGGGGUACCGGGGGGCAUGUUCGGCUUCUCUGUGACCAUGCACCAGCAGAGUGACGGCCAGCAGCGAUACCUGUUGCUGGCGGGAGCUCCACAGGAUGCAGCACCCUCUGGUGUUAAUGUUAACCGGACCGGUGCCCUCUAUGCGUGCCCUAUCACCAUGUCAAAAUCAGAUUGUUUCCGCGUCUCUAUCGAACAGGAAAGUCAGCCCGGCCGUAACCUCAUUGAGAAUAUGUGGUUGGGAGUCACGGUAGAGUCACAAGGACCCGGAGGUCGUGUCUUGGUGUGUGCCCAUCGAUAUACAUCAGUCCAGGCCAUACUGGGCACUAGAGAAGAGCAGUACAGGAUGAUCGGCAAGUGUUAUGUGCGGGGCAACGACCUGUUAUACAACAGUCAGGAUGAAUGGCAGACCUACCACAAUGAGAUGUGCAAUGUGAACACCGAUCUGGACAAAACGGGCAUGUGCCAGAUGGGCAUCAGCGGAGGAUUCAUCAACAACAUGCUGUACUUUGGAGCCCCUGGGGCUUAUACGUGGCAAGGCGCAGACUUCAUCCUGCAGAGAGUGAAAUCAGAUUUCGGGAUUGAUGACACAGUGGAUAUCUCCUCGCCGAGGGAAAACUUGUACAACAUCUACAUGGGAUACACAGUAAAGCUUGGCACCGGAGUGCUGCAUGAGGAUCUGGUCACUGUGCUCUCCGGGGCCCCCCGCUGGCAGCAUAAGGGCGCUGUGUACAUUUCUGACAUCGAGGCGCCGACUAUGAUACUCAGACAGACCCUGAAUGGGGAUCAGGUGGGCUCCUACUUCGGCAGUGUUAUUGCCUUGGCUGACUUCAACAAUGACGGCUGGCAGGAGAUAGUGGUCGGCGCUCCAUAUUAUUUUGACCGGAAGGAGGAUGUGGGUGGCGCCGUGUACAUUUAUAACAAUGAGGUUGGCAGUUUCACCGAUAAGCCCUCUAUGGUGUUGUAUGGCCCGGCGGCAUCUGGCUUUGGUUUUGCCGUGGCAAACAUUGGAGACAUUAACCAAGACGGAUUCACGGAUCUGGCCGUGGGCGCUCCGUUUGAAGAAAUGGGCAAAGUGUACAUCUACCACAGCAAGUCCAGCGGGUUGCAGUCCAAACCAAGUCAGAUUAUUGAAGGUUCUCAGGUUGGUGGGAUACCAACAUUCGGAUACUCCAUCAGUGGUGGUCUUGAUGUGGAUGACAACUCCUACCCAGACCUGCUUGUGGGGAGCUUGGCGGACCAAAUUGCUCUGCUGAGAUCUCGUCCCGUUAUCAAUAUCUCCAAGGAGUUCUCUGUGACGCCAACUCUUGUGGAUCCCAAUAAAUGUACCCAAACUUCCUGCAUGGAUGUCCGCUUCUGCUUCUCAUACAUCCUGAGUACCGGAAACGCCAAAUACAAGAAAAAUAUUACCCUCCAAUACACUGUGGAUGCUGAUUUUGACAGGCGACCUACCCGAGUGAAGUUUGUGGGGGCCCCUGGAGCUGUAUACAAGGGCUUCUUCUCAAUGCCAGAGACUAAGUGCCAGAAUCUCCAGCUCCACUUACUGGAUAAUAUCCUUAAUAAGCUUCAUCCUAUCCACAUCUCGCUGAAAUAUUCAAUUCUGGACCGGGAGCUGAAGCCCCGCCCUAAUGUUGCCUCAUUGGACAACUUCCCCGUGCUCAACGAAGAUCAGAGUACGGAGCAAAUUGUAGAGGUUGACUUUCAGAAGGAGUGUGGAGCAGAUAAUGUGUGUCGGAGUAACUUACAGAUGGAGUACGAAUUUGUGGGAGAAAACAACGAGACCCUUUCAAGGGUAAAUGGGAGCCAGAUCCUCCAUUUUGACCCCGACGUGAAGAAGCUGCUCCUGCGUGUAAUUGUAACAAAUGCUCAGAGCCCCACGUCUCCAGCAGAUGACGCUCAUGAGGCCAUGUUGAAUAUAACCUUUCCAGCUGAGCUGGCCUUUGCAUUUGUCUUCCCACCCAUUGCUCUCACCUAUGUCGGAUCCCUCCUGUGUAGUCUCGGGAACCCAUUUAGGAGAAACCAGCGGGUGGAGAUCAAUAUCACUUUCGAAACAACUAGAAUUACCUUAAGGACAAGAGAAGUGACAACUCAACUCCAGCUGUCCACGUCAAGUAAACAAGCUAACCUUGAUGAACGGUAUGCCAACUUCUUGGUCGAGUACAAUCUACAGACAUCGUUAUCAGUGAAACCUGUUAAUCGACAGACAUACUUUAGUGGUAAAGUGUUGGGAGAAUCGGCCAUGAAAAGAGUUAAUGAUGUGGGAAGUCCCUUAAAUUUCACAUUUACGGUGAUCAGUGGAAGUGAGCCUCUAAACAAUAUGGGCUCUCUCAUCCUGGCAGUAGAGUGGCCGCAUGAGGUUGCCAAUGGAAAAUGGCUGCUUUAUCCAACCGAGGUGCUAGUGAAUACAGGAAAUGUGACGCGGUGUCACCCUCCUGGAGAUGUCAUUAAUCCUUUAAACCUUACAGUAAGUAGUUGUUCAUCCCUACUCCUACACAAGAGGCGAAGAGAAACCGCAGAAUCAAUAGACGUUCUUAGUCUACCAGCUAUUAAAAGAGAGAAGCCCAACACUCUACUGAAAUGCAGAGGAGGUGGUGCAAACUGUGUGCGUUUCGAGUGCGCCUUGGACAAUAUGAAGAAUACAGCAACUGUCACAGUAAAAGCAAGAGUCUGGAACAGCACAUUCUUAGAGGAUUACAGACAGGUGGACAGAGUAUGGGUGGAAGGCACAGCGGAACUCUAUCUUAAAACCAACGUUCCAUCUAUAAACAUGCAGACACACCAUGUAUUGUUUUCAGUUGCCAUAGACUCAGAGUUAGAAGAGACCCCACCAGUGGAGAUUCCACUGUGGCUGAUUAUAGUUUCAGCAGGAUCUGGAAUUUUGCUAUUGGGAGCCAUCAUUUUAUGCCUGUGGAUGUGUGGAUUCUUCCGGAGGGCCAACACUCGAGCCAAGUAUGAGGUCAGAGGUCAGAAGGCUGAGAUGAAGGUGCAACCAUCAGAGACUGAACGGCUAACACAAGAUUCCUGAAUAAGACCUCUGACCCGUGACCCCCCAACCCUGCCCCACGGGUUGGAUUUUUCCAUAAUGUCAGACACUACAGUCUGGGACAGACUCACUACGCCGUGUGCGUCCGUCAAGAAGAAAGGCAGAAGCUGUG